AGUACUGAAAUUAAGCAGCAUCCAACCUAGGCCUACUCUUACGACAUGUGACUUGACUUGACUGUUUUUCGUUUUUGUUGAAAGAGUCAUUAACAGUUAGAAGUUGAUAAAAGUUUCAACAACAAGUCGGCACUGAGAGAAAGGAUAACACUGUAAUAUGCAGAAAUCUCCAAAUUCUGAUAUCCCUGUGGAAACGCUGAAUCCCACCCGCCAAGGCACUGGAGCUGUACAAAUGAGAAUCAAAAAUGCCAACAGCCACCAUGACAGGCUGAGCCAAAGUAAAUCUAUGAUCCUCACCGACGCUGGGAAGGUCACUGAACCUAUAUCCCGGCACAGAAGAAAUCAUUCACAGCAUGUCUUGAAAGAUGUCAUUCCUCCAUUGGAACAAUUGAUGGUUGAAAAAGAAGGUUAUCUUCAAAAAGCUAAAAUUGCAGAUGGAGGAAAGAAACUAAGGAAAAACUGGUCUACUUCCUGGAUUGUUCUUUCUAGUCGGAAAAUUGAAUUUUACAAGGAGUCCAAGCAGCAGGCGCUAUCUAACAUGAAAACUGGGAACAAACCAGAAAGUGUGGAUUUGUAUGGGGCACAUAUUGAGUGGGCCAAGGAAAAAUCAAGCAGAAAGAAUGUCUUUCAGAUCACAACUUUAUCAGGAAAUGAGUUCCUUCUGCAGUCCGAUAUUGACUUCAUCAUAUUGGAUUGGUUCCAUGCUAUCAAAAAUGCAAUUGACAGAUUGCCAAAGGAUCCAAGUAGUCAUUCAAGAAACCUGGAAUUAUUUAAAAUCCAGAGAUCUUCCAGUACUGAACUACUAAGUCACUAUGAUAGUGAUAUAAAAGAACAGAAACCAGAGCACAGAAAAUCUUUAAUGUUCAGACUGCAUCAUAGUGCUUCUGAUACAAGCGACAAAAACCGAGUUAAAAGCAGAUUAAAGAAGUUUAUUACCCGAAGACCUUCCCUGAAAACUCUGCAAGAAAAAGGACUUAUUAAAGAUCAAAUUUUUGGCUCUCAUCUGCACACACUGUGUGAACGUGAAAAUUCCACAGUUCCACGGUUUGUAAAGCAGUGCAUUGAAGCUGUCGAAAAAAGAGGUCUAGAUGUUGAUGGAAUAUAUCGAGUUAGUGGCAAUCUGGCAACAAUACAGAAGUUAAGAUUUAUUGUCAACCAAGAAGAGAAGCUGAAUUUGGACGACAGCCAGUGGGAGGACAUCCACGUUGUCACCGGAGCACUGAAGAUGUUUUUCCGGGACUUGCCUGAGCCGCUCUUCCCUUACAGUUUCUUUGAGCAGUUUGUGGAGGCGAUCAAAAAGCAAGACAACAACACAAGAAUCGAAGCUAUAAAGUCUCUUGUACAAAAACUCCCUCCACCAAAUCGUGACACCAUGAAGGUCCUCUUUGGACACCUAACUAAGAUAGUGGCCAGAGCGUCCAAGAACCUCAUGUCCACACACAGCUUAGGGAUUGUGUUUGGACCCACCCUUCUGCGCGCGGAAAACGAGAUGGGAAACAUGGCGGUACACAUGGUGUACCAGAACCAGAUCGCCGAGCUCAUGCUGAGCGCGUACGACCAGAUCUUCAGCUGACUGACAGCCGAGACGAGCUACUGAGUGUGUUCACAUCUGUCUCGAUGCCUAAUAUUUUUACAUUUCUGUAAACAUAUUUCUGAAAUAUUUUUUUCCUUUCAAGCGACAGAUGCCUCAUUUUGUGAAAACUUAAUGAUGAUUUUGUGUUUAAGUUCCAAACAUUUGAAUAAAAUAGUUGACAAUAUUUGCCUAUAUGUCUUCUGCAUUAACCCCUUCACUGCUAUGCCUUCCAGCGCUUCUAGGCAUACAUUAUGGAUGCUCUAUGCUGUAAAAUAGUGUGCGGAGGACACAGCAUAUCCAAAAAUAGCCUUAAUGAGACUCUUGGGCAUUGCACAUGUGCUUGUGUACGUGCAGAUAUGUGAGUGAGUGUGAAUGCGACUGAGAGUACGGGUAUGUGUCCACACAGGUGAACCUCUUCAUUACCCUGGCUGCCUCAGGCCUGUGUUCAAACACCCCUGGGUACACAAGCAGAACUAAAAGAGGGGGGCAAGACACAAAUGAGUAAUUUUUAAACAGAACAAAAGAAAUCAGGAUUUCAACCAAAAUAGACAUACCUCAUCUUUCGAGAACACUUUUACAAGUGUAAAUCUAGUCCAGCCAUCCUUAGUGCUAGAUGCUGAAAUUUACAAAUACAUGUAGAAUGGCAAUUUUUCUGAAGACAAAUGAACAUUUGCCAUUUGAUAUGUUUUUUACAUAUACUAUUUGCAGUCCCAUAAACAUACUGUCUUAUAAACUAGAAGCAAAAUUAGUGCCUUGCAAUUUUAAUCUUUAUAUUAUACAGGAACUGCAUGCCUGCUCAUUUUUAAUGUUAACAUCCAUUUUGAAUCUUCAUCAAACUGUAUAUCUUCCUUUUUUUCCCUAGCUAUGUCAUUUUAUGUAGAAUUUUUAUUAUGCUUCUGAGGUUGCUUUAUUGGUGAAUUAUAUUAAAUCCAUCUAGAAAGAACAUUUUUUUUUUUAAAAAGUUGUUGUUUUUUUAAUAUGCCCCAAAGAUUACUUGACUAGACUUAGAUGGCUUUAUCCAUUUGAUGGUUAGCUUCAGUUGUCAUGGAUAAACAAAAAGGUAACUGUCUAGAAUAUAUCAAACAUUGUUUUAUUUUGAAAACUAUGUUCUUGCUGAACACAUCUCAUACUGGUUUUGUGAAAGUAUUCUGCUGAUAAAAAUGUAGACUUAUGUUUGACAGCUUUUUAAUCAAAUUCAAAUGGAAUAAAUAAAACUAAUCCAGUGUGAUAAAGAGUAA